AUGUCUAAUUACAUCCCCUCAUUCUCUGCCCCAAACUCCAGACCGGGCUCCCCUCUCCCCAUAGGAUCCCCCUCGGCCUCCAGACCGACCAGCUUCUACGCCAACUCCAGAGCAAACUCGUUUGUGGGAACGAGGAGAAACUCUGCUGCGCCGCCUACCUCCCGAAAGAACUCUGUGGCUCCCCCUUCGCGAAAGAACUCUACCGCUCAGCCUUCCUUGGCCAACAGUGAGGAGAAGAGCUCUUCCGACCCAGACUCUACAGAUGUCGAGGUUCUGAAGAACGAAAAGGGUGAACCCCUUGCUGGACGUAUCGUCGGUGGUAAAUAUGUCAACGACGAAAAUGAGUCUAUCGACCCGGAGUUUGGUGCUAUCAAGACGGUCGACAUUGACAUGCCUCUUACUCUAACAGAGGUUGUCAAAGAGAAUGGAAAGGAAUACAUCGUUCUGGGAUUUGCUUCAGGAGAUAAGGAGAACCCCUUCAACUGGAACCCUUGGUACAAGCGAUCCAUCUCUACUAUCCUGAACCUGAUGACUCUGUUCAUCGGUCUUGCGACUACCGCUUACAGUUCUGGUAUCGCGAGCAUGUGUGAGGAACUCGAUGCGCCCAACAUCAAGGGCCAACUAGGUCUAUUCACCUUCAACAUCAGCUGUGCCAUCGCACCCAUGGUCCUCGCUCCUUUCUGUGAAUUGGUCGGCCGAAAGGUUGUCUACGCCAGUUCAUUCCUGUGCUUCUCGCUCCUCUUCAUCGGCCUCGCCCUCGCCCAGGACAUCAACACCAUCAUCGGACUCCGACUCCUCCUCGGUCUUUUCGGUUGCGUCGGUACCAUUCUUGUCGGCGGUACUUUCGAUGAUAUGUACGAGCCUCACCACCGAAGUCGCCCCAUGGCCAUGUUCUCUUGGGUCGCUAUCUUUGGUACUGUCGCUGCUCCUAUCUACGCUGGUUUCAUCAACCAGUCUAUCGGAUGGCGAUGGAUUGAGGGUAUUCAGGGCAUUGCUAAUGUUCCCCUUUUGCUCGUCAUCUUCUUCUACUUCCCCGAGACCCGUGGUGGUGUCGCUCUUCACAAGCGCGCUAAGGCUCUCCGACAAGCUACCGGUGAUGAGCGAUAUGUCUCUGCUGGCGAUAUCUUGACUCCCAGUCUGCAGGCUAUGCUUAAGGCCAGUUCUGUCAAGGCUAUUCACAUGCUUGUAACUGAGCCUGUCGUCUUUGCUUUCGGUCUCUGGAUUGCUUUCUGCUGGGCUGUUGUCUUCUUGUUCCUUUCGGUCAUUCCCAUCACAUUCCAGGAGCACCACGGCUGGGGUGAGGGUGUCUCUGGUCUUCCUUACAUCUCUCUCUGCAUUGGUACCACCCUCGGUUGGUUGGCUCACCACUGGCAGAUGCGCAAGUUCGACCGUCUCGUUGCCGACCCCGAUGUCAAGGUCACCCCCGAAGCCCGUCUCUACGGUGCCAUGUACGGAGCCAUGUUCCUCCCCAUCGGUCUCUUCAUCUACAGCUUCACCCAAUACUCCCACGUCUCUUGGGUUGGCCCUGCCAUCGGUCUCGCUCCCAUCGCUUUCGGUAUCUACUUCGUUUUCGAGAGUACAUACAGUUACACCGCCGACUGUUACGGUGAGAGCUCUUCGUCUGCCAUUGCCGGACAGGGUCUUAUGCGAAACACUCUCGGUGCUGUCACACCUCUUUUCGCCAACGCCUUCUUCCACAACGUUGGUAGCCAAUACGCUGGUCUCAUUCUUGCCUUGUUUGGUACUGUUCUGAGCUUGAUUCCUUUCGUCAUGUUCAAGUACGGAUACAAGUUGCGAGCUCGCAGCAAGUUGGCUAUUGAGAUGUAA